AUGGCGGCUGCUGUCGUCGACCUCGACUCCCUCAAAGAGAAAUACGCCCAAGAACGCAACAAGCGUCUUCGCCCCGAUGCCGCCGACCAGUAUCGCCAGGUCGAUGAAGGCGUCCUGCACCACUACGCUGACGACCCCUACACCGAGCCUGUCACGCGUGACCCCAUCCUGGACAGAGAAUGCGACUUCCUCGUCAUCGGCGCCGGUUUCACGGGCCAAUUGGUCGCCAUCCGCCUCCUCAUGGCCGGCAUCACCGACAUCUGCAUCGUCGACAAGGCCGGCGAUUUCGGCGGAACCUGGUACUGGAACCGCUACCCCGGCGCCGCAUGCGAUGUCGAAUCGUACAUCUACCUGCCUCUGCUGGAGGAAACGGGGUAUAUGCCCUCGGAGCGGUACGCCAAGGGUCCGGAGAUCUUUGCGUAUGCAAAGAGACUCGCCGCCCAUUACGGUCUCUACGAGAAGGCGUUGUUCCAGACUGAGGUCCUGAAAUUGGAAUGGAACGAGCAAGAAAAGCUCUGGAUUGUCUCGACUAACAGGGGAGAUCGGCUGAGAGCCAAGUUCGUGGCUUCAACCUCCGGCCCUCUGCACAAGCCCAAGCUCCCCGGCGUGAAAGGCAUCGACACCUUCGCCGGCCAUUCCUUCCACGCCAGCCGCUGGAAUUAUCAAUACACCGGAGGCGAUGCCACCGGCGGGCUGCACAAACUGCAGAAUAAAUGCGUCGGCAUAGUCGGCACCGGGGCGACGGCCAUCCAGGUCGUUCCACAUCUCGCUGCAGCGGCCAAGCACCUCUAUGUCUUCCAGCGCACGCCCUCGACCGUUAGUGAACGCCUGGACGGACCGACCGAUCCUGAAUGGGUCGCCUCCCUAACUCCCGGCUGGCAGCAGCGACGCAUGGACAACUUCAACGCCAUCACCAGCCUCGGGCACGAAGACGAAGACCUCGUUCAGGACGGCUGGACCGCUAUCUUCCGCGAGAUCGCCCGUCUGCACAGCGAAGCGCCUGCCAUGCCGCUCGACGACGCCAUCCAGCUCGCCGACGUUGCCAGGAUGGAGCAGAUCCGCGCUCGCAUCGACCGCGUUGUCAACGACCCCGUCACCGCCAACAAUCUCAAGCCGUGGUACAGCAUCUUCUGCAAGCGUAUGUGCUUCCACGACGACUACCUCCAGACCUUCAACCGGCCCAACGUGACGCUCGUCGACACAGCGGGCGAGGGGAUCGAACGGGUCACUCCCGCUGGCAUCGUGGCGCAGGGCGAAGAGUACAAGCUGGACUGCAUCAUCUUCGCCACGGGGUUCGACGUCGCAGGCGGUCUGCAGCAUAAUGCUGUAUCCGAAAUCCGAGGCCGUCACGGCCGAACACUCCAGGAACACUGGGCCGAGGGGCCACGGCUCUUCCACGGCCUGUUAUCUCACGGCUUUCCGAACUGCUUCUUCGUCGGGCCUGUGCAGACCGGACUUGGAGCAAAUGUCAUCCACAUGCUCAACGAACAAGCGCGACACGUCGCCUAUAUCGUCGCAGAAGCGCGAUCCCGGCAGAACGCCCGCACAGUCGAAGUGUCGGCCGAGGCGGAGGAGAACUGGGUGCAGAUGGUCGUCGAGGUGGCCCGGUCGAGAGAGAAGUACUGGAAGGAGUGCACGCCGGGAUUCUUUAACCACGAGGGGAAGCUCGACUCGAAAACGCUGAAACGCGGCAUCUUUGGGGGCGGAGCUCUUGCGUUUCUGAAGCUGAAGGAGGACUGGAAGAGGGAGGGAAAACUGGCCGGGCUGGAGUUGGAUGGCAGUCGUAGUAGUUGA